GAAGUACUCGACCAGUUAGCAGGCGAGGAAGGGGCGGGAGCCGGGGGUCCCGGCAGCUUCUAGUAGGUUCCAGAAGGCGGCGCGUGCGGUUGGGAUCGCGGAGCGGACGGAUUCGAUUCAACGGGGUUCCGGGCCGCGCUGCGCUAUGGAGCAGGUCAAUGAGCUGAAAGAGAAGGGCAACAAGGCCCUGAGCGCGGGCAACAUCGACGAUGCCUUACAGUGCUACUCUGAAGCCAUUAAGCUGGAUCCCCACAACCACGUGCUGUACAGCAACCGUUCUGCUGCCUAUGCUAAGAAAGGAGACUACCAGAAGGCUUACGAGGAUGGCUGCAAAACUGUCGACCUAAAGCCUGACUGGGGCAAGGGCUAUUCACGAAAGGCAGCAGCUCUAGAGUUCUUAAACCGAUUUGAAGAAGCUAAGCGAACCUAUGAGGAGGGCUUAAAACACGAGGCAAAUAACCCUCAACUGAAAGAAGGUUUACAGAAUAUGGAGGCCAGGUUGGCAGAGAGAAAAUUCAUGAACCCUUUCAACAUGCCCAAUCUGUAUCAGAAGUUGGAGAGUGAUCCCAGGACAAGGACACUACUCAGUGAUUCUACCUACCGGGAGCUGAUAGAGCAGCUGCGAAACAAGCCUUCCGACCUGGGCACGAAACUACAAGAUCCCCGGAUCAUGACCACUCUCAGCGUCCUCCUUGGGGUCGAUCUGGGCAGUAUGGAUGAGGAGGAAGAGGUUGCAACACCUCCACCACCACCCCCUCCCAAAAAGGAGACCAAGCCAGAGCCAAUGGAAGAAGAUCUUCCAGAGAAUAAGAAGCAGGCACUGAAAGAAAAAGAGCUGGGGAAUGAUGCCUACAAGAAGAAAGACUUUGACACAGCCUUGAAGCAUUACGACAAAGCCAAGGAGCUGGACCCCACCAACAUGACUUACAUUACCAAUCAAGCAGCGGUGUACUUCGAAAAGGGUGACUACAAUAAGUGCCGGGAGCUUUGUGAGAAGGCCAUUGACGUGGGGAGAGAAAACCGAGAAGACUAUCGACAGAUUGCCAAAGCGUAUGCUCGAAUUGGCAACUCAUACUUCAAAGAAGAAAAGUACAAGGAUGCCAUCCAUUUCUAUAACAAGUCUCUAGCAGAGCACCGAACCCCAGAUGUGCUCAAGAAAUGUCAGCAGGCAGAGAAAAUCCUGAAGGAGCAAGAGCGGCUGGCCUACAUAAACCCCGACCUGGCUUUGGAGGAGAAGAACAAAGGCAACGAGUGUUUUCAGAAAGGGGACUAUCCCCAGGCCAUGAAGCAUUAUACAGAAGCCAUCAAAAGGAAUCCGAAAGAUGCCAAAUUAUACAGCAAUCGAGCUGCCUGCUAUACCAAGCUCCUGGAGUUCCAGCUGGCACUCAAGGACUGUGAGGAAUGUAUCCAGUUGGAGCCGACCUUCAUCAAGGGUUAUACACGGAAAGCUGCUGCCCUGGAAGCGAUGAAGGACUACACCAAAGCCAUGGAUGUGUACCAGAAGGCGCUAGACCUGGACUCCAGCUGUAAGGAGGCGGCAGACGGCUACCAACGCUGUAUGAUGGCACAGUACAACCGGCACGACAGCCCCGAAGAUGUGAAGCGACGAGCCAUGGCCGACCCCGAGGUGCAGCAGAUCAUGAGUGACCCAGCCAUGCGCCUCAUCCUGGAACAGAUGCAGAAGGACCCCCAGGCACUCAGCGAACACUUAAAGAAUCCUGUAAUAGCACAGAAGAUCCAGAAGCUGAUGGAUGUGGGUCUGAUUGCAAUUCGGUGAUGACUUGUUCAUCCCCCUUCCCUUCGCCCUCAUGUGGAAAGAGGAGCUGGGACCGCGGCGAGCAGCACAGAGCAGAAGGGAGAGCAGGGGAGAGAAGGCCUCAUCUCUCUAUAUUUAUACAUAACCCCGGGGAAGACACAGAGACUCGUACCUGCGCUGUUUGUGCCACCGCUGCCUCUGGGCCCUCCCAGCACACGCAUGGUCUCUCCACCGUUGCCCUCGAGUUCCGUAUCUCCUUCCCCUGCCCCCAGUUGCUGUCUCGGCUGCUCUCCCAUAGUUGGUUAUUUUUUAUUUGGGGCAGUGGGCAUGUAUGGGGAGGGGAGGGGGUUCUUCCAGCCUCAGGUCCCACCUGUCUCACGUUGUUUAUUCCGCGUGCCCUUCUCCAAUAAAACAAGCCAGUUGGGCGUGGUUAUAUGUUG